CCCCCCAUCCAAAGAGAAUGCACAUCCUGAGAGUGGAUUUCAACAUUUUUCUUCCCUCAUCUUCUGAUCCGAAGAUGAAGACGAGAUCCCCGCUCGACCGCCAAGUCCAAUCCCUCUUCCCUCUGGCGCUGGCCUCGGUUCUCAUCAUAGGAACAGCAAGGCUAGUCCUGGACAACCUGAGGAGCUACAGGAGCGAUGCGUUCCGGCUUCGCGGCGAGCACAGAGUGCCGAUGCUGGUAUUGCCUGAAGAUCGGAUCAGAGACGAGUGCGACGUGUUCCAGGGGCAGUGGGUGUGGGACAAUGUGUCGUACCCUCUUUAUAGAGAGGACCAGUGCCCUUACUUGGUGAAACAGGUGACUUGCCUCAAGAAUGGCAGACCUGAUUCUAUGUACCAGAACUGGAGGUGGCAACCAAAUAGAUGCAACCUACCGAGGUUUGACCCUUGGAUGAUGCUGGAGAUGAUAAGGAACAAGAGACUGAUGUUUGUUGGGGACUCGAUACAAAGAACCCAGUUUGACUCCAUGGUGUGCCUGGUGCAAUCUGUAAUCCCUGAAGGAAAGGGGUCGCUCCGAAGAGUCCCUCCCAGGAAGAUUUUCACCAUUAAGGAUUACAACGCCUCGAUUGAGUAUUACUGGGCUCCCUUUAUAGUCGAAUCGAUAUCGGAUCACGCCACGAAUCAUACCGUCCACAAGAGGCUUGUCAAGCUUGACUCGGUUGCCAAUCACAGUAAGUACUGGGAGGGAGUCGACGUGCUUGUGUUCGAGAGCUACGUGUGGUGGAUGCACAAGCCUCAGAUCAAUGCAACAUAUGGUUCGAGAGACAAUGUCCGAGAAUACAAUGUUACCGAUGCAUACAGAUUGGCUUUAGAAACUUGGGCAAAUUGGAUAGAAUCAAGCAUCGACCCUCAAAAGCAAAAGGUUUUCUUCAUGAGUACGUCCCCAACACAUCUGUGGAGCUGGGAAUGGAGACCUGGAAGUGAUGGAAACUGCUUCAGUGAAUUAUACCCUAUCCAGAGUCCAUACUGGGGCAGUGGAUCAAACCUUGAGAUCAUGAAAAUAGUACAUCAUGCCCUACGACAGCUAAAGAUCCAUGUAACAUUCUUGAACAUAACUCAGAUGUCGGAGUUCAGAAAAGAUGCUCACACAUCAGUUUUUACUGAGCGGAAGGGCAAGCUCUUAACAAAGGAGCAGAGAUCUGACCCCAAAUCGUUUGGUGAUUGCAUCCACUGGUGUUUACCAGGAGUCCCUGAUGCAUGGAAUGAAAUUUUGUAUGCGUACUUGUUAAAAGAUCAUCGAACCAUUCUAUAGCUCCAAGCA